CACUGGAUCCCACGCGCAAAAUAAUAUUCGUUAAUUAUUUCUAAGAUCGAUCCAAAGAUGUCUUUUUUGCGCAGUGUGGCCGGUGUUUUGGGUCGUGCUAAGCCCCUAGAAAGCUCUACCACAGGACUGCAAGCCCGGCGCCAUAUCAAACGCUGGGUCUCGCCGACGUUACGUGAACUCGCACACCGGCAGAAAAAACUGGGUCCGCAGAAACCGGAGGCGCGUUCCGGAUUCGUGGAGUGGAACCAGCGCUCUGAACUGUUCGCCUUUGGAAAGCGGUUAGGCGAAUCCUUCGAGCUUUCCCAGCUGCAGCGAGCCUUCACAGAAAAAUCCUUCGCUCGGCGUGAGGAGGAUCGUCGACGACAGCUGGGCAUUGAGGAGGCUGACCUCCAGAUGCUCGACAACAGCGAUCUUGUCGAGAAGGGUCAGCAUAUCGCCAAAGCCUACGUGGAGGCCUUCUUGCAGCACCAGCUUCCGAAGUUACCCAAAGAAGGACUCCAGGCAAUCACCAGCUUUUUGCUCAGCACUGAAAACCUGGCUCGCGUGUCCUUCCAUCUGGGCACCAAAGAUCUGAUUAACUCAACAGAGUAUCCGCCCUCAAACGAAAGUCUGGCCCAAUCUCUCCAGGCGGUCAUCGGAGCCCUGGCCGAUUCCAGUGGUAUUGAGAGGGCUUUCCUUUUUGUCCGCGAUUUCAUCUGCACUCAACUGAAUCAAAAAGAUUUGUUGGAUGUGUGGACACCGCAGGAACCACUACAGCUGCUCGAUAAUAUUUGCAAAGAGCGAAAGCUGGGGGAAGUAGAACCUCGCCUGCUCGGAGAUUGCGGCAAGAACACAGUACUGGCCGCCUACCAGGUGGGCAUUUAUGCUAACCGGCAGUUGCUGGGAAAGGGAUUUGGAGAGGACUUGAAAACAGCCACUGAAACGGCGGCCAUCGAUGCUUUGCAGAGCAUAUUCGAUACCCACGACAACCGACGACCCUUUGACUUCUCCAUACAGCUAGAGGCUAAGAACGUACGACUGGGUUGAGAAACGAAACGGGAUCUGCGUCCUAGUUGAUUAUUGUAAUUUGCACUAAACACAUGUACGCAUGCAUUGUCAGAGAAGUUUGCGUUUUAAAAUCAUUUAACUACGGCUUAACAACUGCCACUUA